AUGGCUAAUAAUAUUUGCAAUACCUUUUCCUUCUAUCCGUUAAUGGAAGUAGACAAUAAUCUAAACAUCGUCCACCAUAAAAUGAUUUUCCUUUUUGACAUCGACAAAUUCCAUUUUAUAGAACUACAGUUGAAAAGCAUGAUGUACACUCAUUAUAGGCAUCUCCUGUACAUGUUUAGCAAGUAGGAUGACAGGAAAUAUAUGAAAAAUGAAUAUUUUUAAUUAACACUUUUGUCUAUUAAUUGGUUAUACUGA